CGUCAGCAGCGUCAGGAGUUGUCAGCGAACAGCAGCAGCAGCAGCAGCAUCGGAGACGAAUGGAGUAACUAAUCACAAAGAUAUUAUUCCAGACAGCGGCUCUGUUGUUAUUUAGAAGCAUUGUUUACACCGUUCAAACAACGACACGAUGGCCGACGACCAGUCCUCUCAAUCCUGGUCAAUCGACAGGGAUGACUACGAACUCAAUGAGGUGAUAGGGAGCGGAGCCACUGCAGUUGUCCAGGCAGCAUUCUGCAAGCCGAGGAAGGAGAAGGUGGCCAUCAAACGCAUCAACCUGGAAAAGUGUCAAACGAGCAUGGAUGAGCUCCUGAAAGAGAUCCAGGCUAUGAGCCAGUGCCACCACCCGAACAUUGUGUCUUAUUAUACCUCCUUUGUGGUGAAGGAUGAACUGUGGCUGGUGAUGAAGCUGCUCAGUGGUGGCUCAGUGUUGGACAUCAUCAAACAUAUCAUCUCUCGUGGUGAGCACAAGAGCGGAGUGUUGGAUGAGGCCAGCAUCGCCUCCAUCCUGAAAGAAGUCUUGGAGGGGCUGGAGUACCUUCACAAAAAUGGGCAGAUUCAUCGGGAUCUAAAAGCUGGAAAUAUUCUUCUUGGGGAAGAUGGAUCCGUGCAAAUUGCUGACUUUGGUGUGAGUGCCUUUCUAGCAGCAGGAGGAGACAUGACUAGGAACAAGGUUCGGAAGACAUUUGUGGGGACGCCGUGCUGGAUGGCCCCUGAGGUCAUGGAGCAGGUCCGCGGCUAUGACUUCAAAGCCGACAUCUGGAGUUUUGGGAUAACCGCCAUUGAACUGGCCACUGGGGCUGCACCAUAUCACAAAUACCCACCGAUGAAGGUGCUGAUGCUGACUUUGCAGAAUGACCCUCCUUGUCUGGAGACAGGCAUCACAGACAAGGAAAUGGUGAAGAAGUAUGGCAAGUCCUUCAGGAAGAUGCUCUCCCAGUGUUUACAGAAAGAUCCAGAAAAAAGGCCAACUGCAGCUGAGUUGCUGAAGCAUAAAUUCUUCACAAAAGCCAAAAACAGCGAGUAUUUGCAGGAGAAGCUCCUAUAUAAAGGUCCCACAAUCACUGAGCGAUCAAAAAAGGUGCGUCGUGUGCCUGGCUCGAGCGGCCGUCUCCACAAGACGGAGGAUGGUGGUUGGGAGUGGAGCGACGACGAGCUGGAUGAGGAGAGUGAGGAAGGAAAAGCUGCUGUCGCAGCUCUGCGGUCACCCAGAGUGAAGGACGGGUCCCAGAAUAUGGAGCUCUUUCCACCAGCCGACGGCUCCACAGGACAUCUGCAGCCACCUGGUGCAGCACACGAGAGCCCUGCGAAUGUGAGCCAGGCAGGAGAGGACGCUCCACCGCAGGCUCCCACUCAAACAGCGAGCCCUUCACAUGCACCCACUGCUCAGGACCCAGCUGCAGCCAACGCCAGUGUUCCCAUCAGCCUUGUCCUGAGACUGAGGAAUCCCAAGAAGGAACUCAAUGACAUCCGAUUUGAGUUCAUGUCUGGCAGAGAUUCUGCUGAUGGAGUUUCUCAGGAGUUGGUCUCAGCAGGUCUAGUUGAUGGGAGGGACUUAGUAAUUGUUGCUGCCAAUUUGCAAAAAAUUGUUGAUGAUCCUCACAGUAACAAAAAUGUGACUUUUAAAUUGGCGUCCGGCGUGGAGGAGUCUGAAAUCCCUGAUGAUGUUAAACUCAUUGGAUUUGCGCAGCUCAGCAUCAGUUAAGUCAAGUAAAGCCAGCAACAAAGGACAGAAACUAAUGGUAUUGCACAGCUGCAUUGUAGUCAAUUCCAAGAAACCACUACUGCCAAAGAGAGGAGGAAGAGGAAGAUUAUGAGGAAGAGGAAACACGAGGCUGGCAGGAGUGUGACACUACUGCAGGAUGCAUGAGGACCACAUUGAGAAGAGGCUCAGUUCAUCACAGGAAUCACACUUGAAACGUUUACAGUGCGCUUAUACAGUAAAUGGGAGAAGAGAUGCAAUCAACUAUAUCAACUCCUAAUUUCUUUUUCUUUUUUUCUUCCUCUUCAUACAUAAGCACAAUCCAAACCAUCUCCUGCCAGUACUGGAAGUGAUUGCCUUUUUAUUUUAUUUCUUUCUUUUUUUUUUUUUUUUAAAUCAACUGUGCCACUAAA